AUGCCGUUCUGUGGAGACGUGGAGGCUGCGUCGCAGGAGCUGCUCAUGCAGAAGUCAGCACUGGGGCCCAUCAGGUUCUACGAUGUCUUUUUCUGCGAAGACUUGGCCGCGUGCCACACCAAGUUCCGGAACUUCGACAUCAAGGUCGUGUCCGUGGUGUUCUCCCAGUUCGAGGAGAUCAUGAUGAUCGACGCCGACACGGGCUUCUUCGUGAGCCCAGCCGUGCUCUGGGAUUCGGCCAAGUUCAAGGCCACGGGCACCUUGCUCAUGAACGACCGCAUCGCGCACGAAAUCUACUUCAUGGCCGAGCGCGUGGGCGGAUCGGGGAAUGUUUCCUUCCAGCAUCGGUACAUGUCCAAGUUCGACCCUGCCCCGUUCCGCUUCAUCCCCACUCUGGAUCGGGAGAAGGCCACGCUGCCGAACCCCGCCCCGGUCGAACUGCAGUUCGAGCCCAGCGACUACUUGCUCAAUAGCCACUCGUGGAACCUCCGCACGGGUCACCAGGUCGACUCGUCUCUCAUGUUCUGGAGCAAGAAGAAGCAGCCUCGCGCGACUGCGAUCCUGGCGUCGUUCAAGGCGCUGAGCGAUGUUGGCUCCCCUCCUUCGUACGGAGACAAGGAGCUGUACUUCUACGCUGCGGAGCUGGCGGAGACGCAGUAUUCCUUCUCGGACCACGCGAUCGGCGCGGUUGGGACAGAAUACGAAGACCACGGAGAGAAGAACUCGACGCUUUGUGGUGAUAUGGCCCAGGUGUUCCCUAUCAAGCAGGCCAGCGAGGACGACCCUGAAGCACAGCCCGUGUACUACAUGAAGGCGCGAAUGGCCGAUGUAUACCCCGGAGCCUUUGGCGAGCGUCGGAUGGAGUGUCCGUUUGACAUCACUGGAGCGCAGUUUUCCAACGCUGAAGCACGACACCUCACUGGGCGACAGCGUCUGCAUGACCUGGUGCUCGAAUGGGAGAAGAUUGCGCAGGACACUGCGAGUGAUCCCAUGGCCAAAGAAAGUAGGCAAGCGGCUACGGAUGGAAUGAUAGAUGAGCAGAUGCAUCAAAUGAGAGGAGCGUAUCGGCAAGUUAUCAAGCCGAAUGUCUAAAGACUAGAGUAGCUCUCAAUCAAUAACUACAUAGAACUUCUUGGGUAGC